UAUACGGAAAUAUCUUUUUAUGGGUGGAAUUAUUCAUGUAAUACAAGCAGGACUACUUAAUCAUUACAUGACAUUCAAAAAGAAGGUAUGUAGUCGAUGAAAAAUAUGGGGAAAAACCCAUAAUAAAUGUGCUCCUAUUUAUGAAAAAGUGAACAACUUUGUAUACGAGAUGCGCGAUCAUCAAACGUUAAACAAAGAGAUAUUUGUUUCUUUGUAUUAUCUACAUCCCAUCACAUUACAAUAACUAAUCAUAGGAUAUGAAAAUGACUGGCAUACUCGUAUUCAAUGCUGGCGGUACACGUUAGAAUAAAUGCUCUUCAGUUGAAAGUUCUAUGAGUAGUGCUACAUAUAUGAUAACAUCAGUGAUAAUGUUGAGCUGUAUAACUUAUAGAUGGAUCGUCGCUUUGGCAGCUAUGUCCAUUCGUGCUAUUGUUUACGGAAUUACGUAUACGUCAGGAAUUGUUUACGUCAUAGUAUUGAAAAACUUUCAGACAGGUAGAGCAGAAACAUCGUGGGUCUCGUCUAUAAUAACUACUGUCAUGUAUGCAGCAGGUCUCUUAAGUGGGCGUAUGCUCAAAGCGUUUGAGUGGCGGAUUAUUAUAUUUGCAGGAGGUUUGGUAGCAGGGACUGGAUUGAUUCUGAGUUCCCUAUCUUCACGACUUUCAUAUCUCAUUCUGUCUUAUGGUUUUGUUACAGGUUUCGGCUGUGGUAUGGCCUAUAUAGUAGCAUGCAUAGCUGUUCCCACUCAUUUUCGUGGUCACUCUCGACAAAGGAUCGCCGUGGCAUUAGGAUCGUGUGGCACCGGGAUUGGCACGCUCGUCUUCUCUCCUGUCAUACAGGUGGUGGACUCUCGGUAUGGAUGGAGGGGUUUGUUCAUAAUUCUGGCUGGAGUUGCUGUUCAGAUGUGUACCCUUGGAUUAUUUCUUCGACCAGUUUCCUGCACAGAGUCCAGAAAACCUGAAGAAAUCAAAACGCCAACAUGGAACUUUAUGAGAAAUCCUGGUUUUUAUGUUACUCACCUUGGCUUCUUUUUGUCUGCGUUUGCAGAUUCCGUAAUUUAUGGGCACCUCGGAGAAUAUGCAGAAACUUUGGGAGUAUCGAACGAGAAGGGAGCAUAUCUUUACUCUUUCAUCGGCGUAUCAGUAACGGUUUUAACAUUACUACAAGGCGCUGCGUUAGACGCCAGAGCGUCGGCUUUCUUGCCAAUGAAGCUAGCCAUUAUUUUCUUUCUACUAGGAGGUGUUGCCACUGCUUUUCUAUUGCUUGUAGAUAACUAUAUUACGUUGAUAAUCUACGCAGCUUUGUUUGGGGCCAACAGCGCGGCAUCUGGAGGAGCCAUUGCUGUUGGUAUUUUGGAAAUUUAUUACGGAUGUGAAAAUCUAGAAUUAACCCUGGGAGUAAACAAUGCAUCUAUUGGCAUCGGCACUCUGCUUGGAGCGCCUGUGGCAGGUAUGGUGUUCGAGUUACAUGACUCAUACACACCUGUACUAAUUAUGGUUUGCGUGUCCAAGGUUCUUAGCAGCUUACUGUUUUUGUUGGUCUAUGUUAUCUGCCCGGAUAUACAAAGAGUGAUUGAUAUUGACGUUCGAUGUCCAAUAGAGGAAACAAAUCACAACGAAAGUAAAGGAAAUAUUCCGAACAUGAAUGCUGAGGAUGAGGAAACCGCACUACUGACUUCUUAUUCUGAAAUGGAAAGGGGUGACACGGAAAAACGAUCUUAAAAUAGAACAGAACCGCCUUAAUAAAACUGUUACCAAAACUGAGGGGUGUGUUGAGACUAUAUCUAACCUUAAAGUCUAAUACAUGUAGUAAUCCAAAUGGACAGCAUAGUCUCCUGAAAUCAAAUUAUAACUUCUUAUGGUCAGGCAAAAAUACAUGCCUCUUAGAAAAAAUCCUUCUAGAUAUUUCAACAUAAUAGUAAAUCACUUUAGUUUCUUUUCAGUUUUACAUGUAUAGGAAUUUACAAUAUAAUUCACAAAUACAACCUUUCAUUAGGUCGAAUGCUGUCUGACGUGUUUCACACCAAUUGUUAGGCCGUUCUCUACAUAGUAAUUUUAACUACGGAUUACUUCGUCUACCUUAUCAAAAUAUAGGGCUCACGACGGGUGUAACCGAUAACAGGAAAUGUUAUCUCGUCCUAGGUACCUGACCCCACCUCUGUUGUGUCCAGGGGUCCUUGUUUGCUCUACUUUUAAUUUUGUAUUCUUUGUGGGAAUGAUGGGACUGAUCUUUGUCCGUUAUCUUCACUUUUUCGUGUGUUAUAUGAUGCGGUUUGUGGUGAUGUUGUUCGUAGUUAUUGUCCUAUGUCUCUGAAAUUUUCAACUGAAAUAGUUUUUUUUUCAGUGUACAUACCGUACACAUUUUUGUCACUAAUAAUUUCCCCUGACUUUUUUCGGUCUCUAAGCUUAAAAAAACUUUUAUAAGCAACGCAAUUACACUUAGCUUCUCCUCCGUCAACUUCUCAUUUUUUAUGAAGCAAUAUUCAUUGUCACCUGCAUAUAGUGUUUAUGUCUUGCAAUUGAUUCGAUAGGCAAAAGCAUGUUCUGAAUAUGCUCAGUUUUUAAAUCGAGACAAACUACUGAUAAAUGCAUUGAUGUUUCAACAGUCUCGUUUAAAGUCAGAAUUUCGCAAAUUCCAAGUCGUUAUAACGAUCUAAUUUAUAAUUAUACAACCUGUAAUUGGGUCAAAUGCUGUCCGUCGUGUUUCAUACCAACUGUUAGGCCGUUCUUUACAAACUGAAUAUCACUUCGUUUACCUGUUCAAAAUAUAGGGCUGACGUCUGAUAUGACCGGUCGACAGGAGAUGCUUACUUUUUGGCCACCUUUUUUGCUUCGGUUUUAUAAUCUAGUACUGGGAGGCACUCUUUCCUUUCAUGUUUAUGAUGAUUAUGUAAUUAUGUGUGCAAUAAAGCCAGUUUGACCCAGA